AUGCCGGGGACUCAGCAGCACCCCCAACAGCAGCCUCCAAAACCCCCAUCGCAGUUCGUACAGCCACCCAUCCCGAUGGUAGAUCCUUAUCACCACCAGCCGAUGUAUCUUCAGUCCUUAUCCCUGAAACCACAGCAACAGUCGCAGCUGUUUAUCCCCUUUGCUACGGCUCCAGUUCGGCAGCAGCAGCCGCCCGAUCAGCAGUAUGAACAGUUCCAGUCUCCAAGGGCAGUCUCUGCACCACCUGUUACUUCUGCGACCUAUGACCUCUCAGCCUUGCUGGCUUUGCAGUCUCCAUUGACAGCCAGCCAAGGAUCCAACAUCGCUGAAGCUGCGUGGCAGCUUUCAUCACCCGGCAACAUCGGCCUCAACAUGCAGUCACCUGCACAGAGGCCAAAAUAUAGCAUAGUCUUUCACAAGUGCUAG